AUGAGGGGCACCCCUCUCUCUCCGUGUGCGCCUCGCGUCUCUUUGUCUUGGUUCCCUGUAGCAAAGGGCGGAUGGUACCGUCGAUUGUCUUUAAUUGGUACUCUCUGUGUUAUUUUUCUUUUUUGUUUUGGGGUCCUUAUAUCCGCUGUUAAGUCGUUUGUUGGGUCAUUAUUCCUUAGUGCGGGGAUAUGUCUGGUCCUCCUCCUUUUCCUCCUUUACUAUCUUACACUCGCGCUGACCCUCCCGGGCAGCAACCGCCUCUUCCAAUGGUAUAUGCAGCAGCAGCUAGCAGCAGAUGCUGCAGAAGAGCUGCUGCAGAGGCUGCGGACCCUUGAGCUCUUCUUGCUGCAUCUCCUUGCUGCUCCCGUGCGUAGCCUCUCAGAGGAACAGAAGGAAGCUGCCAUUCUCUCAGCCCCUCCUUCUUGCCUGCAUCAUUCCCUCUGCAACAACAGCAACAACAGCAGCAACAACGGCAACAGCAGCAGCAGCAGCUUUAGUAGGCCGUUUCCCCUGUUAAACACCGUAGAAGAAGUGCAGCAAGGUGCCUUGUUUGCUCUUGGAGAUGCUGCUAUUAAGGACACAAUUGCUGAUUGUUACUUUAUGCUGUCUACGCAUCUCCGCGCUUUUCAAGCCCUUCAUCUUAAGGCAGACACCCUGCUGCGGCAGGAACGUGGGGCAGCAGCAAGUGUAACAGACACAGGAAGAGCAGCAGCAGCUGCUGCAGCAACAGCAACAGCUGCUGCAGCAACAGCUGCUGCAGCAACAGCAACAGCAGGUAAUAAGGAGCUGCCGGGGUGGCAUCAGCAGCAGCUAGCUAGAUGCACUCUGUCAUGGGUAGAAGAAGCCCUCGCCUUUUCUUGCGCUUCUCUUCUUUCUCAUCUUUUGAAUGUUUCCAUUACACCGGCGACAGCUGCGCCGUCGUCAAGCCCUGCUGCUGCUGCUGGGGCAGGAGCAGCAGGAAAGGGGGAAAGGUACCUUUUGGGUGCCGUUCUCGGCUUGCCGUCCCCUGCAGCUGGCGUAGGAAAUGAGGCGGCAUCAGGCAACAGCAGCAGCAGCACGAGUAGUAGCUUGUUGGGCAGUAAGAAGCAGGAGGAGAGGCUGCCUCUUGCAGGGUUGCAGCUCGCAACAUCGGCGGAUGUAUUCGCCUGUGCUGCUGCACUGCAGCAGCUGCAUGCAGUGGCGCUGCUGCUGCUGCCGUUCCAAGGGAGCCAUGCGCAGCAGCAGCAGCAGCAGCGGCACGAAGGGCCUCACCUUCGUAUGAAGGUGUCUUUUGUGCUGCGCCUUGCGCUGCUGCUGUUUCGCUAUCUUGUGUCUCCACCGCUGGCGUCAAUGCCGCUGCUGCAGCAGCAAGCAGUACAUAUGGGUGGCAUGCAUGCAGAUGCAGCAGGAGUCGAGGUGUGGCUGCCAGUGCAGCAGCAAACGCGUCGAGCUCAUCUUGCUGCUGCUGUAAAGAAGACUUUUGCUGGCGCCAAGACUUUUGCUGCGCGCUGCUUGCGCUUAUGCCCCAGCUGCAGCGGCUGCAGCAGCAGCAGCAGAAUCUUCGCCUUGCAGCAGCAACACUUUGCCCUUCUGCAGCACCCUGCUGCUGGUAGCCCCCCUGCGCCACAGCAUGCAGGCGUGGCUGCGACGCUGCCUGUUGGUGCCGCAUGUGCUCGGAGGAGCACAACAGCAGCAGCGGCGGCAGCAGCAGCAGCAGCACUACUGCGCUUGCUGCAGCAUCUUUUAAAGCUAUUUCGCCCCCCUCCCCCCAAAACAGUGUACAUACAGUGUAUGUUUAUCCCUGCCUCAGGGACGCAUUGGCUGCUGCCCUCUAGUUGCUGCUGCAGUGCAGAAGCAGCAACUGCUGCCUCUGAUUUGCUGCCUCAUGACUUCUCCUUCCCUCCAAGCCGGUGUCGCCACUGCUUACCCGUUGCUGCCAAUUCACAGCAGCUGCUGCAGCAGCAGCAGCAGCAGCAGGUUCUGCUAGGAGGCGGAGGCCGCUGUGCUGAGAAGCGGGAGCUGCUAACUGGGGGCUUCCUUUGUCAUCUUGCUGCUGAUGUAUCAAGGGUACAAAAGGCAGCAUUUUCUCUUUUUAUGUGUCUAUCGAGGCAGCAGAUUGCUGCUGCUGCUGCUUCUGCUGCUGCUACCGCUUCGCGUCUGCAGCCUAGCAGCAGCACAAGAGGCUUUGCGCGCCGUUUGAUAGUGGGCAGCACCCCAUCGCAACAGCAACUACAGCAGCACAGGGUGCUAAUGCUCCAGCAACAAGCUCGCAGGACGCUUGCUGCUGCUGCUCUUCUCAAGGUAGGCGUUGCUCUUGCUGCAGCAGCAGGAGAAGCAGCAAUUCAGAUAGUCCGCCAGCGCGCUGCAGGUCUGCGAAAGUGCUUCCAGACCCAGCAGUCGCACCGGCAGCAGCAUCGGCUGCACAGCAGCAGCAGGAUAGGAGGAGAACCUACAGCUCUUGUAGCAGCAGAGACACCUUUCCGUUUUGUCUGCGGUUGCCAAAUCCCCCAUUGCAACGCUUGCGACGGCCCAGGCGCAGCAGCAACAGCAGCGGCAGCAACAGGUGCACGUGCAGCAGCAGCAGCAGCAGCAGAAGCAGCAGCAGAUAGAUCAGGUAUAGGAGGAGAUAUUGUAUUAAUGUUUAAUCCUAAUGCUGGCGCAUUUGAAAUGUCAUUAGCAGCACAAGACCCAGAGAUUAUUUGUUAUCUAAACAGGGGGUUAAGUGUAAUAUUAUAUAAUUAUAGAGGUUCUUCUUCCUCUGACGGGUCUCCUUCUUUCCCUAACAUAUUAAGAGAUUCAUUUAAUUUAUAUUUAUUUGCUGCAAAUCUACCAGGUGUCCGCCGCAUCGCCCUUCAUGGCCGAUCUAUUGGCGGUCUCCCUGCUGCUUACGUCGCCUGUCUUUCUCAAGUCCAGCAGCAGCAGCAGCAGGUUCAAUUUGGUGCUGCUGCUGCAGCUGCUGCUGCUGCUACAGCCCCUGUAGGCUGCUCUUAUCCGUCCAUGUUCCCGCACGAAAUGAGCAGGAGCAGUAGUGGCAUCAGCAGUAGCCGCACGACUGCUUGCAGCACAACGCGCAGCAAUAGCAGCAGCAGCGGCAGCAGCAGCAGCAUCUUAUCAGCAGUGGCAGCAGAAAGCGCCGUUUCAGCCGCAGCAACAACAGCAGCAGCAGAAGAAGCAGCAGCAGAGUGCUUAGAACGCGUUUCUGCAGCAGCAGCCUUUAUUGCUGCUAACUGCAGCAAAAUAGUUGUAUAUACACCCCAUGACGAAAUAAUAUCAGACGAGGCGUCUUUAAAGACAGCCAUGGCAAG